CUCCGACUUCACCCAAAUCGAAGCUACCAUCCAUGCGGACUUGAGCCCCUUCGACAAACAGAAGAUAGACGAGAAGAGGACAGAACUCCUGAAAGAAGCCGACAAAUUUCUCGGGGAUCGGACCAUGGUAAUGCAAAAACUCGUAUGUAUUGCGAAUAUGUCUGGGUCUGGAUCUGGAAAGUUGUGAUGCUAAUGUCCGAAUGACGCGCAACCUGUAUAUAGGGGUCCGCGCAUGACAAGUUUCUGAGCGGUUAUGUCGAGCGUCACGCGCAUGACAAAUCGCCUCUUUGCAUGACAAACAAGUAGUGGCGCUGUCGCGGAACAGCCAUGACAGACUUUUCUGUCUCAUCGGCAAAGCAUGACAAACUUGCAUUGUCCCAGACGACCCAGACAUAUUUGCAUUUGAUAACUCGUGCGAGUCCAACAGGAACCCUUCAUCGACGUCCAGCCGAUUAUUGGGGAUGA